UCUUUUUUCAAAAAAUUCUUAUCACUUUUAUUCAUUCCCUUUUUAUCAAUUUCGGUUUUGUUGUUUUCCGGCUCCCUAUAUUCUUUGUUAAAAAUAAUUUGAGUAAAGUUUUUGUUCUGUUUUGAACAUCCACGAUAGUUUUGAAGUACUUGCUGCUGACGAAAAAGGCGUUUCUGAUGUGUCUGAUUCUGCUUUUGCUCAGGAAAGAUUUCAAAGUUUUGGAGAUAUUAUACCUGAAAGAUGUGGAAUUAAAUUUGAAUGCAACGAAAUUGGAGAUGUAAAUGAUGUAAAAUUUCAUCCAAAUGGGCGGUUCUUUUUUACUGCAGGAAUUGAUAAAAAGAUCAAAAUGUGGGAACCAAGAAAUGAUAAUUGUGUAAAAAGGCUAGAAUUUACUGGAGCUGUUCAAGGCUUAACACGUAUUGAUAUUCAUCUAGAAAGUGGUCAUUUGCUUGGGUCAAGUAAUGAUUGUGCUGUGAGGUUAUGGUCGAUAGAUGAUCAACGAAUGAGGGUUGCAUUUACUGGCCAUACAGAUAAAGUAACCUCUGCAAAAUUUAUGAGUGAUGGACGUCAAGUAGCUUCAGGAUCUAAUGACAGAACAGUAAAAAUUUGGGAUACAAUAACUAAUAGAUGUCAAAAAACAUUUUUUCCUGGAUCAACAAUUUGUGAUUUGGUAACAAAUGAUCAUUAUGGUGCUCCUUUGAUAAGUGCUCAUUUUGACAAAAAGAUCCGUUUUUGGGAUACUAGAGCUCCGGGUGAUUCACCUACUAAUUUAGUUAAAUUUGAUGCCAAAAUGACUUCAUUAUGCCUUACAUCCGAUUUUAUGUAUUUAUUAUGUUCAUCUAGAGACGAAACUUUAACGCUUUUGGAUUUACGUACAAAUGAUACUUUACAUAUUUAUAGUGCCGAACAAUACAGAACUUCGUCUGAUUAUAGCCGCGCUGCUGUAAUCAGCCCUGGCGAUAGUUAUGUGGCCGCUGGUUCUGCUGAUGGACAUAUUUUUAUUUGGAGUUUACAUAGUACUCGGCUUGAAAAAAUUCUUUUUAGAGGAGGCCACGAGAAUAUUCCGGUUCUUUCUUUGGCUUGGCAUCCAGCUGGUCAUGUUUUAAUAAGUGGUGAUAAACGAAAAACUGUUUGUUUGUGGAAAUAAUUUUUAUUUAUUUGUUUUCAUUUUUGUAUAAAUUUUUUUUUAAUUCUAAAUAUAAAUCGUUAAAUAUUUAAAUUUAUAUUUUUUGUGAUGGUACGUAACAGUACGUUAACUAUAUUUUUUUGAAUUAUUUUUAGAAAGAUAUUUUGUUUUUAAAAGUUUAUGUCCGCAAUUACUUACAUAUUACGGUCCUUUAACUCUUGUAGAAUUUAGAUCAACAGCUUUCUCCAAAAAAGUAAAGGGGCAUUUCUUAGG